AGCUCCUACUAUGUCUACUCCUGAACCAGUCUGUAAAAGCCCCUUAGUGAAAUGUGAAGGCGCGUCACUGUGCAUCAGCGAGUCUCAGCUGUGUGACGGGAUGUUAGAUUGUCCUGAUGGGUUUGAUGAGCUCCACUGUUUACAUGCCUGUUCAGAUCCAGGCCACUUCCUGUGUAAGAACAGAAGGAAGUGUAUUGAACGAGCCCUGGUGUGUGAUGGUCGCUCUGACUGUUCUGACGGUUCAGAUGAGUUACAGUGUCCUACUUGUCCUCUGCACUGUGACGAGGGGACGGUGUGCCUGACCAGCCGGCAGUUCUGUGAUGGACGAAUGGACUGUAAAGAUGGCUCGGAUGAAAGGAACUGCUACAAGAGUGACGAAGAUAAAGGAUCCCUGAAAUGUGCUGUGGGCUUCAAACCAUGCAUGGAUGGAAGUGAGUGUAUCCUGUACACUCAUGUGUGUGAUGGAGAGAAGGACUGCAAGGACGGGUCAGACGAGGAGGGCUGUAAACGCAGUCCUUCUGUUACUGUGGCUCCUAGAGUUGAAACUUCUCCUGAACCAGUCUGUAAAAGCCCCUUAGUGAAAUGUGAAGGCACGUCACUGUGCAUCAGCGAGUCUCAGCUGUGUGACGGGAUGUUGGAUUGUCCUGAUGGGUUUGAUGAGCUCCACUGUUUACAUGCCUGUUCAGAUCCAGGCCACUUCCUGUGCAAGAACAGAAGGAAGUGUAUCGAACGAGCCCUGGUGUGUGAUGGUCGCUCUGACUGUUCUGACGGUUCAGAUGAGCUACAGUGUCCUACUUGUCCACUGCACUGUGACGAGGGGACGGUGUGCCUGACCAGCCGGCAGUUCUGUGAUGGACGAAUGGACUGUAAAGAUGGCUCAGAUGAAAGGAACUGCUAUAAAGCUGGUGAAAAGGUAGAACCUGCAUCCCUGAAAUGUCCUCUGGGCUUCAAACCAUGUAGAGAUGGAAGUGAGUGCAUUCUGUACAGUCAUUUAUGUGAUGGAGAAAAUGACUGCAAGGAUGGGUCGGAUGAGAAGGGCUGUGAACGGAAAUGUAAAAAAGGGCAGUUUCAGUGUGCUCAUGGGAGGAUGUGCAUAGACAAGAAGCAGGUGUGUGAUGGGACUCCUCAGUGCCAGGAUCGCUCUGAUGAAAUGGACUGCUUUACACGCACCAAGAGCUGCAGCCAUCGCUGUGACGAGAAGACCCGCUGCAUCCCAGAAAGCUUCCUGUGUGAUGGUGAGAGAGACUGUGUAGACGGAACAGAUGAAGCAGAUUGCGCUACUGAUAAUGGAGGUAUGAUCAACAGAAAGGCCUCUUCUGAAGCAGUGUCAGUAGAUUUAUCAGCUAAGCCUCCAGACUGCAGUAGCCCCUCAGUGUUGUGUGAAAGCACAGCCUCAUGUAUGUCCCCGGUUCAACUCUGCGAUGGAAAGUUGGACUGUCCUGAUGGUUCUGAUGAGCUCUCCUGUAUCGAUUCGUGCCAAAAUAUGGGUGACUUCCUGUGUAAGAACAGAAGGAAGUGUAUUGAGCGAUAUCUGGUGUGUGAUGGACGCUCCGACUGCACUGAUGGCUCUGAUGAGAUGGACUGUUCUGCUGCUGCAAUGCCAAAAGAACCGGCAGCCAUUAAGUGCCGUUUGGGCUCAAAGCUCUGUAAUGAUGGUAGUGACUGUGUGUUGAACACCCAUAUGUGUGAUGGAGAGCUUGACUGUAAGGAUGGCUCUGAUGAAGAGGGCUGUGACCUUCAGUGUAAUCCAGGUCAGUUUCAGUGUAGCCAUGGCAGAAAGUGCAUUGACAGAAAGCAGGUGUGUGAUGGGAUUCCUCACUGUCCAGAUAACUCUGAUGAAUCAACAUGCUGGCAGCCUACGAGAAGCUGCGCACUGCGAUGUGAUCAAAACAGUCUCUGUAUUCCAGAGGUUUUUAUCUGCAAUGGGGUCAGGGACUGCUGGGAUGGAUCGGAUGAAACUGACUGUGCAGGCAACCCUGGACCACAUUCCCGUUGCAAAACCCCAUUUAUUCCAUGUCUGGCAACCUCAAAGUGCAUCUCCCAGAAUCAGCUCUGUGAUGGCAGAAAGGACUGCGCCGAUGGGUCUGACGAAAGACCAUGCCUUCAGAGCUGUCCCUAUGAUGGUGAUGACUUUUUGUGUAAAGAUAGGAGAAGAUGCAUUGACAGGAAGCUGGUCUGUGAUGGGCGUGUGCACUGCACUGAUGCUUCUGAUGAGGUGGACUGUCCAACUCUGUCCCCUUACACCUCUGAAGAGACUCCCACAAAGUGCCGUUUGGGUUUGAGGCCCUGUAAGGAUGGUAGUGACUGUAUCCUGUACAGUCAUGUUUGUGAUGGAGAGGCGGAUUGCAAAGAUGGAUCUGAUGAAGAGGGAUGUGACAUGAAUUGUAAACCUGGGCAGUUUCAGUGUGCUCAUGGAAAGAAGUGCAUUGAUGCUACCCUUGUGUGUGAUGGUAAGCCACAUUGUCAGGAUCGUUCUGAUGAACUGGACUGCUUCAAACGCACCAAGAGCUGCAGCCAUCGCUGUGACAACAAGACCCGCUGCAUCCCAGAAAACUUCCUGUGUGAUGGAGAGAGAGACUGCGUAGAUGGCACAGAUGAAGCAGAUUGCGGCUACCCUACACAGCUGAGAAGUUGUGAUGCGCCUUCUGUGUUGUGUCGAGGGGGAAAAUUGUGCAUCUCUAUCACUAAACUGUGUGAUGGAAAGCGCGACUGUCCAGAUGGCUUUGAUGAAGAGUCUUGCCUCAGCAGAUGUCCAAAAAGAGGUGACUUUCUGUGUAAGGACGGGCGGAAAUGUGUUGGGAGUGGUUUAUUGUGCGAUGGCCGUUCUGACUGCACCGAUGGCUCUGAUGAGGAGAAAUGUCCCAGUGCUUCUAUAAAGCCGGAUGUAGCAGGUCCGGUAAAGUGCCGUUUGGGCUGGAAACCUUGUAAGGACAGGAAGGAAUGUGUGUUGUACAGUCAUGUAUGUGAUGGAGAGGAGGACUGCAAAGAUGGCUCUGAUGAACAAGACUGCCAGAGUCAGUGUAGACCAGACCAGUUUCAGUGUGCUCAUGGGAAGAUGUGCAUAAACAAGAAGCAGGUGUGUGAUGGGACUCCUCAGUGCCAGGAUCGCUCGGAUGAAAUGGACUGCUUUACACGCACCAAGAGCUGCAGCCAUCGCUGUGACAAUAAGACCCGCUGCAUCCCAGAAAGCUUCCUGUGUGAUGGCGAGAGAGACUGUAUCGAUGGAACAGAUGAAGCGGACUGUAGUAAGAGUGAUAAAGCUUCAGGAACUUCAUCUCUGAAAUGUGCUGUGGGCUUCAAACCGUGUCGUGAUGGAAGUGAGUGUAUCCUCUACACUCAUGUGUGUGAUGGAGAGAAAGACUGCAAGGACGGGUCAGAUGAGGACGACUGUAGACGGAAAUCUCCUAGUGUUGCGGCGACCCCUGUAGCUCCUACUAUGUCUUCUCCUGAACCAGUCUGUAAAAGCCCCUUAGUGAAAUGUGAAGGCACGUCACUGUGCAUCAGCGAGUCUCAGCUGUGUGACGGGAUGUUAGAUUGUCCUGAUGGGUUUGAUGAGCUCCACUGUUUACAUGCCUGUUCAGAUCCAGGCCACUUCCUGUGUAAGAACAGAAGGAAGUGUAUCGAACGAGCCCUGGUGUGUGAUGGUCGCUCUGACUGUUCUGACGGUUCAGAUGAGUUGCAGUGUCCUACUUGUCCUCUGCACUGUGACGAGGGGACGGUGUGCCUGACCAGCCGGCAGUUCUGUGAUGGACGAAUGGACUGUAAAGAUGGCUUCGAUGAGAAGAAAUGCUACACUGGUAACAAAAACGCUGCAGGAGCUUCAUCGCUGAAAUGCCCACUGGGCUUCAAACCAUGCAGGGAUGGAAGUGAGUGUAUCCUUUACAGUCACGUGUGUGAUGGAGAGAGAGACUGCAAAGACGGGUCAGAUGAGAAGGACUGUGAACGGCAGUGUAAAAAAAGCCAGUUCCAAUGUGCUCAUGGGAUGAUGUGUAUAGACAAGAAGCUGGUGUGUGAUGGGACUCCUCACUGUCAGGAUCGCUCUGAUGAAAUGAACUGUUUCAAACUGUCCGAGUCCUGCAGCCAUUACUGUGAUAACAGGAGCCGCUGCAUCCCUGAAACGUUCCUUUGCGACGGCCAGAGAGAUUGUUCAGAUGGCACGGAUGAGACCGGCUGUGCGAAGGAGCAGUGUUUACGUGGACAAUUUCAGUGUGCCAGUGGACAGUGUGUACCUGCAAGUGCCCGCUGUGAUGGUCAUGCAGAUUGCCACGACCAGUCUGAUGAGAAGAACUGUCGUAAACCUCCACACUGCCCCCUAGAGCUGCGCUGCCCUAAUAGCCAUGUGUGCCUGCUGAAAGAGUGGUUCUGUGAUGGAGACAAAGACUGCACUGAUGGAUCUGAUGAACAGAACUGUACAUCCCCUCCCAUGCAAUGUGGAAUGUUCCAGUGGCCUUGUGCAUCUAAAGAUCAGUGCAUUCCCACAUUCUGGAGAUGUGAUGGAGUUAAGGACUGUAAAGACCAGAGUGAUGAAGCUGGAUGUGGCCCGGUAAAAUGCCCCAUGCACAUGUUCAAGUGUGGCAGCGGUGAGUGUUUGGACUUCAGGCUGGUGUGUGAUGGCACUGCUAACUGUUUGGACGAGUCUGAUGAAGGUCCUGGGUGUCUCGGCAACAAUUGCUCCAGUCCACGCCCUCGACAAUGCGAGCACUACUGUGUCAACACUCCCCAUGGAGCGAGGUGUGGGUGUCGAGCAGGCUUCACGAUCCAGGCAGAUGGUUUGUACUGUGCAGAUGUAGAUGAGUGCACAGAGGUUCAGCCUCCUGUGUGCAGCCACAGAUGCAUGAACACUCAAGGCUCCUACAUAUGCCAGUGUCCUCCAGGUUUUAUACUGGAGCCAGACGGAAGCAGCUGUAAGGCACCAAAGGAGCCCAGUCUGUUGGCAUCAGUGCAGUAUGAGGUGCUGUUUAUGGGCCUGAGAAGCAGCAACAUGCAGAUGCUUCUUCCCCCAGGCCAGAAGCCAAUCUUCUCUCUGGAUUAUGAUCUGCAGGAACAGCGGGUCUUCUGGGUCUGUCUGCAGGAGGAAAGCAUCAAAUAUGCAGUGCAUGGAGAAAAGGGUCAUGUCAAGACGCUUGUUAAAGGUGUGAAAACCGACUCGAUUGCUGUAGACUGGGUUGCAGGAAACCUGUACUGGGUGGAUGGAGUCGCUGGCCAGAUUUUAGCUGUAAGGAUUAGUGACCAUGUGGUGAAGCGACAAAACGUCACUGUGAUUCUAGAUGAAGACCUGGAGCAGCCUCGUUCUCUGGUGCUUCUGCCUCAGAAAGGGAUAAUGCUGUGGUCGGAGAUUGGGAAGGAGUCCCAGAUUGAACGAGCCGGCAUGGACGGUUCAGAGAGGAAAGUGCUGCUCAGCCAUGGUUUAAACUGGCCAAUAGCCUUAGCUGUGGAUAUUGUGAGUGACCGAAUCUACUGGGCAGAUGAGAAGCUCAAGUGCAUUGGUUCAGCCUCAAUGAAUGGCGAGGAUAUCAGGAUGCUGCAGUUGACCGAGACUUCAAGCCCUUUCUCUGUGGCCGUGUUUAACGACAUGGUGUACUGGUCUGACGCCGAGAGAAUGGCCAUCCGUGGAGCUCACAAAAUCACUGGCAAGAACCACAAAGUUAUUAUCAAAAGACCUGGCCAACCAUUUGGGCUCAAAGUUGUCCACCCCCUUGUGCAGUCUAAGGUGCUUAACCCCUGUGAGAGACUCCGAUGUUCUCACAUGUGUGUGCUAGCCCCAGGAGUCAGCGUGUUAUGUCGUUGCCCAGCAAGACUGCUGUUGGCUGAAGACGGAGUUACCUGUAGUUCACCUGAAAACUCCUCUGAAUCUUUCCUACUGCUGCUUUCUCCUACUAGACUCACAAAGGUUUUCACUGGAAACCUGCACAGGCAGGUUGGACUAAAGCAGUGGCCUGCCCACAAUGCCCAGUCUCUCCCUGGCAUAAAUGAAGCCUCAGAUCUAGACCUGGUUCUUAGUGACAACACGCUCUACGUGGCAGAUAUCAGCCAGGCUUCUGUGGCUCAGGUUAAACUGGGUGACUCCACAUUGACUCCUGAGGGCCUGAUCUUGCAUUUACCUGGGGAUACAUUGACUGCACUUGCUGUGGACUGGAUCACACACAACUUGUAUUGGAGCAGCAGCAAGAAGCCUCAGAUCUAUGUCACAUCAGCUGAUGGGAAGUUCACCUGCAUGGUUCUGCAGGCUGGGUUUCAGGAUGCCACCUCUAUUGCGUUACACCCACCCACAGGCAGGAUGUGCUUCACAGCCAUGGGGUUAUCAGGGAAAGACGUUGUACCCCAGGUGGACUGUGCUGCCAUGGAUGGCCGGAAUCAAAUGUUGCUUUGGAAGAAAACGCAGCUUCCCAAUUUUCUGACUUUUUCAAGUCAGGGUACAACAGUUUACUGGGCAGAUAUUGCCACUGAAGUGAUUUGCUCUGUGAACAUUGAUGGAUCAAAUUACAGGGAAUAUAAAACUGGAACCGGAUCUCCUUUAAUUGUGUCUUUAACCCGAAGUGAAAAUAUACUCUUCUGGAUCACCCGGUACAAUGGCACCACAAAGGUGUGGUACAGUGAUGGCAUCCAGCCUAAGCAGUUGUGGUUUGAAGUGCAAACACACAUAAUAGCACUGAAGGCAUACAGUGCAAACAGCCAGAAAGGAACCAACCCAUGUGCAGAGAAUAAUGGUGGUUGUAGCCACUUGUGCUUGGCGUACCCAGGGGGGCGAACAUGCCGCUGUACGCAAGGCUACAUUGCCGUAAAUGACGUCGAGUGUAUUCCAGGUCUGCAGUGCCCAUCAGGCUCAAAGCCUUGCAGAGACCAAUACAAGUGCCUCUCCACUACCAGGUUUUGUGACCAAAUCCCAGAUUGCCAGGAUGGCUCGGAUGAAGAGGGCUGCCAUAGUAAGGAGAAUGAGGUGUUGGUCGGCACGACUGGCCGGUCUUGCAAUUCUGAGUUCUGUAAUGGUCAAGGGCGCUGUAUGAUGCACAAAGGGAAAGCAGUCUGUGAGUGUUUGCAGGGAUACAGUGGGCAGUUCUGCCAGGAUAAGGCAUCCAGCAGCAUUCCUGUUGUCCUUACAGUCCUCUUUAUUGUCUGCCUAGUUAUUGUGGCUGCAGCAGUUCUAAAAUGGAGACGAUGGAAAUCCGGAAGAGGCCAGCCCAUUGAUAAGGAAACUCUCAUGAAGGACAUGGAGGAACAGGAAGCAUGCACUGAAAACUUUUCAAAUGAACUCUACAACCCAGUGGCGGAGGUAGCAAGUUUAAGUUCAAGCUUUAGAAUUUAAAUGUAGACCUCCAGCUUAGAACCCAUCAUGUCUGGACAAAUUGGAGGAUUACUUUAGCUGUGGAACCUGUGCUGACAAUCAGACCAGUUUAAUUUUUAGAGCGUUACUAGCCAGUCGGAGGGCAGGACUACAUCACACUUUUCAAAUUCAGACCCGGACCUUUAGAGUAAAGCCAUGUGUGUUGCUGGGUAAUUUUUAGUAUUUUAUUCAGCUUUAAAUCUAUAAAAUUCUCUGUAUUUUUGUUUAAAAAGCAUGUUCGAUGUAUUUUUAAAUAAGAAUAUGGAUUAAUGUAUUUGGUCUCUAUACUAUUGUCUUUCUGUCUUUCACAGGAACAAG